AGUCAGCUUUGGAAAAUGUGUUUGGCAUGAAAAUCAUUAAAACAUAAUUUCUUUGUCGGGAAGUUAACAUUUUCAAGCUGUUCUUUAGUGAAUUAUUCUUCCAACUAUGAAUCAAUUUAAAAAUCAUCAUCGUGUUGUACGCAUUUCAAAAUGAAGAACAGGUUCAAUUCCUUGGAUCUUGUGUGCUCAGUAGUUGAGCUGCAAAAAGUCGUUGGUCUGAGACUGCAGCAAGUGUACGACAUAGAUCAUCGUACUUAUCUGCUCAAAUUGCAAGAAAAAGAUGACAAGGCCGUACUUCUCAUCGAAUCUGGCAACCGAAUCCACACCACAGCCUUCGAGUGGCCGAAGAACAUGGCCCCCUCUAGUUUCAGCAUGAAGAUGAGGAAGCACUUGAAGAAUAAAAGACUUGAGUCGCUGACUCAAUUGGGCAUUGAUCGAGCCAUUGAUCUGCAGUUUGGUACGGGCCCUGCUGCAUACCACUUGAUUUUGGAGCUUUACGACAGAGGCAACAUUAUCCUCACCGACUGUGACUUUGUCAUCCUGAAUGUCUUGCGGCCACACACCGAGGGAGAGCAAAUUAGGUUUGCGGUGAAGGAAAAAUAUCCUCAGGAUCGAGCUCGAACCAGGCAAGGUGCACCCGAUGAAGAAAGACUGAAGAAAAUCUUUAGCAAAGCUAAGCCAGGAGAUCAGCUGAAGAAAUUCCUUGUGCCUAACACAGAUUACGGUCCAGCUCUAAUUGAGCACGUCCUUCUGGGAGCUGGUUUUCCACCAAAUGUGAAGUUUGGAAAAGAUUUUAAUUUGGAAGAAAACUUUGGAAAAAUUCAUGAUGCCCUGUGUGUGGCAGACGAGAUUCUUAACAAGGCGUCCACGGAGCCAUCGAAAGGUUAUGUAAUCCAAAAGAAAGAGGCUAAAGUUCACGAGGAAGGUGAAAUUUUGACCAACGUAGAGUUCCACUCGAUGCUUUUCAAGCAGAAUGAAGGAAGACCAUAUAAAGAAUUCCCGUCCUUCGAUGCAGCGGUCGACGAGUUUUUCUCCAGCUUGGAAGGCCAGAAAAUAGAGCUGAAAGCUUUGCAGCAGGAACGAGAUGCCAUGAAGAAAUUGGACAACGUCAAGAAAGAUCACGACCAGAGACUGAAAGCCUUGUCUGAAACUCAGGAGAGUGACCGGAACAAGGCUGAAUUGAUAACCAGAAACCAUGACAUGGUGGACCAUGCAAUUCUUGUUGUUAGGUCUGCUCUAGCAAAGCAGAUGUCAUGGCCAGAUGUUGCAAGGAUGGUCCAGGAGGCCAAGCAGCAGAACGACCCUGUCGCCUCGGCAAUUGUAAAUCUAAAGUUGGAAGUAAAUAAUAUCACAAUGCGCUUGGCUGACCCAUACAGCACUGCAGUUAGUGAUGACGAAGGCGAAACAGGCCUUCAACCUACCCUAAUUGACAUAGAUUUGGAUUUGAAUGCUCAUUCUAAUGCCCGAAAGUACUAUGAUCAGAGACGAUCGGCUGCAAAAAAACAGCAGAAAACAGUCAAGUCGCAGAAAAAAGCUUUAAAGUCUGCUGAAAAGAAAACUAAGCAAACUCUUAAAGACGUCCAGACAGCCACGAGCAUCCAGAAGGUCCGCAAAGUCUUCUGGUUUGAGAAAUUCUUUUGGUUCAUCUCGUCUGAGAAUUACCUUGUUGUUGGUGGUCGAGACCAGCAGCAGAAUGAGUUGGUUGUUCGGCGAUAUUUGAGGGCGGGGGACAUUUACGUCCACGCCGACCUCCAGGGAGCGAGCAGCAUUGUUAUUAAAAACCCCAGUGGCGAUCCGGUGCCUCCGAAAACUUUGAACGAGGCUGGCAUCAUGGCCAUUUGUUACAGUGUGGCCUGGGAGGCUAAAGUUACUUCUGGAGCUUGGUGGGUGAUCAGCAACCAGGUGUCGAAGACUGCGCCCACGGGAGAGUACUUGACGACGGGCAGCUUCAUGGUGAGGGGCAAGCGAAAUUAUCUGCCGCCGACUCAGCUCGCCAUGGGAUUCGGGUUUCUUUUCAAACUCGAGGAGAGUUCCGUCGCCCGACACGUGGACGAGCGGAAAAUCAGGACCACGGAGGAGGAGGAGGACAUGUCUGAAAUAUCAUCUGUGAAUGACCAGGAAAUUGAACUUGAGGGUCCAGAUGAGGAGGGUGAUGAACCUGAGGCUACACUUGAAAAUUUAAAAGAAAUGACUAUUAAAGAAGAACCUGAAGAAAAUGAACCGGCUAAAAGCGAGUCGGAUGAAGAAGAUCAAGAUAAUUCGGAGGAAGGAGAAGACAAUGUGGCCUCUAAAUCAAAACAAAUUGAGUUUCCUGAUACGGAAUUGAAGCUGCCACUUCUUGGAGAAUUAACUAGUGGCACUCAACUGGCUGACACUGACACAUUUGUCAUCGGAAAAUCUGUUUCCAUCCCUAAGAAAACGGCUAAAAAAGAUGUGGAUAAAGAAGCAAAAGCAGAAGCAGCGAAGCAGUAUCAGCAGCAGCAACAGAUGAAAAGAGGACAGCGAGGAAAAUUGAAAAAGCUGAAGGAGAAAUACAAAGAUCAAGACGAGGAGGAACGGCAGCUGCGAAUGCAGAUUUUACACGGAGUUGAUGGUGGCAAAGCAAAGAAAGACAAAGGAAAGAAGGAGUCGGAAAAACCCAUCAGCAAUAAGCAGAAGCAGCAGGCCAAAAAGCCAAAGGCCGGACCUUUCUGUGAUAGAACGGAAUUCGUUCCUGACCAACUUCCACCUGAUGAGGCUGCGGAGUUGGACACGGAGGCGGCCCCCGUCACUUCUGACCUCGAAACACUCAACUCGCUGACCGGUCUUCCCGUUGCCGAGGAUGAGCUUUUGUUUGCCGUGCCCGUUGUUGCCCCGUACAAUACUCUUACAAAUUACAAGUAUAAGGUCAAGUUGAUGCCAGGCACUGGGAAAAGAGGGAAAGCCGCCAAAACUUCCCUGGCCAUAUUUUUGAGGGAUAAAACUUGUUCUCAGCGGGAGAAGGAUUUACUCAAGAGUGUAAAGGAGCAGGACCUGGCCAGGAAUUUCCCCGGCAAAGUCCGACUCUCCGCUCCUCAAAUGUUAAAGUCGAAAAAGUGAAAGAAAACUUAUGUUAAAAUUUUGCAGCAAAAAGUAAUGCUCAAAUUGGUUUUCUGCAGAAGUCACUUCUUUGUUUAAUAAUCUUUAAAGCGUUGAUGAAUAAAAUAUUUUUUUCUAAAGUGUAAAGCUAAACCCUAUUAAAUCGUGGUUAUUUCACCCUCCUAUAGAUGUCGGUUGCCACUCUCAAGGGGGCAAUUGAGAGGGAUUCUCAAGCUGACCUACAUUUUGCAAGUAUAUGAAAAAUCAAUUAUGUCAUACAUAUGCCAAAAGUGUACAUGACAUUUAUGUGUUAUUCAAUUAUAACAAAAAAUUGAUCAAUUCCGUAAAAUACGUAAUAUAUUCCCUCGUAAAGUUAAAUAAAUUUUAACU